GCAGUGUCAAUAGCUCGAACUCCAGCGACGCAGCUAAAGGUUUUCCUGCAGGAAGAAGCCAUCAGGAUAUGGGUACAACGUGGUCAUGAAAGGAUGGACAUAGUCACUCAGAUGUCAAGAGAACAGCUGGUGGUGCAGCUGGCCAGGAAGUCGUUCAGAACAGGGAAAACUAAACCUCUGGAGUUCAGGAUCCACCAGCUGAAGAGCUUGCUGCGCUUCAUCUCAGAGAGACAGGGGGACAUCGCAGAUGCUGUCAAAAGAGACCUUGGCAAGAGUGAGAAGGGCACAGAGCUGUUUGAGACCCUGGGGUUGGAGGGAGAGAUUGAGUUGGCUAUAGAUAAGCUGGCAGAAUGGGCGGCUCCUCGGCCAGUGGAGAAGAACUUCCUGACCAUCACAGACGAGGUUUAUGUUCAGCCAGAGCCGCUGGGAGUGGUGCUCAUCAUCGGGGCCUGGAACUAUCCCUGGGCUGUCACCCUGCAGCCGCUGGUCGGAGCCAUUGCAGCUGGUAAUGCAGCAGUGAUAAAACCAUCUGAGGUCAGCUCUCACUCUGCUCAAGUCAUGGAGGAGCUUCUGCCUAAAUAUCUUGACAAAGACUUGUACCCAGUGGUGACAGGUGGAGUGUCAGAGACUCAAGAGCUGCUGAAACAGAGGUUCGAUCAUGUCUUCUACACGGGGAACAGCACAGUGGGCAGACUGGUGAUGGAGGCAGCAGCUCGACAUCUCACCCCAGUGACCCUGGAGCUGGGAGGGAAGAGCCCGUGCUACAUCGACAAGAACUGUGACAUAAAUGUUGCGUGUCGCCGCAUCACAUGGGGAAAGUUUGUAAACUGUGGUCAGACCUGCAUCGCCCCAGACUACAUCUUAUGUGAACCGUCCAUGGAGAGCAGAGUAGUGGAAGAGAUCAAGAAGUGCAUAAAGGAGUUUUACACAGAAAAUCCUAAAACCUUUGAGGACUACGGGCGCAUCAUCAACCAGCGGCACUUUAAGAGGGUCAUGGCUCUGAUGGAGGGGAGCACAGUGGCUGCAGGAGGAGACAGUGAUGAGUCUCAAUGCUACAUAGAGCCCACCGUAUUGAAGGAUGUGACGGGAGAAUCAAAAGUGAUGAAGGAGGAGAUCUUUGGUCCAUUGCUUCCCAUCAUCACUGUGAGCGGUGUGGACGAGGCCAUCCAGUUCAUCAAUGAGAGAGAGAAACCUCUGGUAGUGUACAUCUUCUCUCAUGACAACAAGCUGAUCAAAAGGGUGAUAGCUGAGACAUCCAGUGGAGCUCUGCUGGCCAAUGACUGCCUGGUUCACUUCACUGUCAGUGCUCUGCCCUUUGGAGGAGUUGGUAACAGCGGGAUGGGCUGCUACCAUGGCCGACACAGCUUUGACCAACUCAGCCAUCUGCGUAGCUGUCUGAUCAAACAGCUGAAGAUGGAGGGGGUGAACACCAUGCGCUAUCCCCCUCACACCGCCAAGAAGCUGGGCUGGGCUCGAUUCUUCCUGCUGAAGAGGGUGAACACAAGUAGGCUGCGGCACUUAGCCAUGCUUGCCAUGUUGGUUGGCCUGGCUGCAUUUGUGAUCCAGAGAUUCCUGCGAUGAAGAUGAAGACGAGGAGGAGAAUAAGGCAGUCUGAGGUCAUACCUGUGAAGGUGUCCAUGUGAUUAUUCACACCACACCGUCCAUAUCAUUUCUAAUUCAUGUAGACUUUCAUGUUUUAUUUAUGUAUCUUAAAUUUCAUCUGUAGCAUUUUGUUGUUACUGCAUGCUGCUAUUAUAGUUUUUAAUGUUUAUAUGAAUUUUAUCGCAAUAUAGUAUGUAACAUUACAAUUUAAAACAAAAAUCAAUGCACACAUAGAAAACAACUAAGAUCUAUUUGAAUUAUUAUUAUUUUAAGAUCUCCGUCUUCUUUUACAUUUCACUGUGGUCCAAACUUUCAGCUAUUAAAUUCCAACUAUAAAACAUAUGUUUCUCUGUGUCAACUCUGUUUCACUUUUUUAAGGAUGAGUCUAUGAAAAGAAAGAUGUUUUGUUUAAAAAAAAAAGCUAAAAUUGUAAAUAAAAUGCAAUAAAAUAAAUGUGAGCAACAUGCAAAAAAAAUUACAU